AUGGGAUGGAUUCAACUGCAAUCUGAUGGAUCUGUCCUAGCACAAACUGGAGCUGCAGCUGCAGGAGGACUUCUCAGGGAUCACCUGGGACACUGUGUGGAAGCGUUCACCUGCAACCUUGGGAGGUGCUCCAUCACUGCAGCAGAAUUAAAAGGUGCGGUUGAAGGACUUAAGAUUGCUUGGAACAGGGGCUAUCGAAAGGUUCACCUCAAGAUGGACUCCACUACAGCAAUUGAGAUCAUAAGAAACAGAGAGAAUGAAGAUCACAGACAUGGCAGCAUUGCUAGCCAAUUCAGACAACUCCUCAACCUUGAAUGGGAGGUUAAAAUCGAUCACGUGUACAGAGAGGCCAAUUUUGCAGCCGACUACUUGGCGAAUCUCGGCCAUGAUUUCCAUUUUGGUACACACAAUCUCAAUGUGCGAGAUUCUGGUUUAGUUCAAUGGCUUUGCCAUGAUGUAUUGGGAACAUCCCAUGAACGUUCUGUUAAUAUGAUAUAG